GUUCUAUGCGUUUUCAUUCUAUGUCCACGUUCCUCGUCCCGGAAGUUAGAGGGCUCCGCUCUGACGUCACACUCCCAACAGCGCGAAAACUAUUUGUCCACUUUAAUGCCUGAAACAUAACAACACACAGACAGCAACAAUGUCAAAGAUACGCAAGAUGAGCAUCCAAGGGGUGAGGAGUUUUGGUAUUGAGGAUAAAGACAAUCAAGUCAUCACUUUUUUUGAUCCCCUGACUGUGCUGGUGGGACCUAACGGAGCAGGGAAAACGACUAUUAUUGAGUGCCUUAAGUAUGCAACUUCCGGAGACAUGCCCCCUGGAUCUAAAGGAAGUUCUUUUGUUCAUGAUCCAAAGGACGCCCACGAGACAGAAGUGCGCGCUCAGAUUCGACUCUUAUUCAUGGACGCCAAUGGAGAGAAAAUGUCUGUCCAGCGCGCCAUGUCCUGCACUAUGAAGGGAAAGACCUACACCUUCAAAAGCUUGGAGCAGGUCAUUGUCAGAAUAAAAGAUGGUAAAAAGAUGAGCUUGUCAUCGAAGUGCGGUGAAAUUGAUCGGGAGAUGAUUUCUGCUCUGGGAGUGUCGAAGCCUGUGCUGAAUAAUGUCAUCUUUUGUCACCAAGAGGAUUCCAACUGGCCACUGAGCGAGGGCAAAGCGCUCAAAGAAAAGUUUGAUUCCAUCUUUGCUGCAACCAAGUAUAUCAAAGCUCUGGACACGAUGCGUCAGCUGCGUACCAAAAAGGCUCAGACAGUCAAAGAGUGUCAGAUGGAGCUGCGAUACCUGAAGCAGAACAAGGAGAAAGCCCAGCAAAUCAGAGAAACGGUUGCCACCAAGGAGGCUCAGCUGAUGGCCUCUAAAGACAGCAUCCAGCAGAUAGAGAACCAGAUUGGUCCACUAGAGACUCGUCAGCAUGAUAUCGACAUCAAACUGGGAAAAGUGAUGAAGUUUGACAACGACAUCAAGGCUUUAGACAGCAGGAAGAAGCAGAUGGAGGAAGACAACAGGGAGCUUGAGGAAACAAUGGAACAGGUGUUCCAGGGUUCAGACGAGCAGCUGCAGGAGAUUUACCAGAACCACCAGAGGACAGUGAGGGAGAAGGAGCGCAGACUGACAGACUGCCAGAAGGAGCUGGAGAAAGCUAGUCGGGAGUGCCAGAGACUCAACAGAAUCAGGGCUGAUCUCCUGAUGGAACAGGGUCGUUUACAGCUGGAGGCCGACCACCACACUGACAACAUUAAGAACCGCGACAAUGAGGUUCGCUCUUUGUCAUACCAUCUGGAGAUGGAGGGUUACGACCGACUGCCUUUCUCCACCCUGCAGCUUGAGAGCUUUCACCGCCAAGUUAAACAGAGACUGGAGCAGGAAAACCAGACAGCUAGUCAGGUUAUGGCAGACUUUCAGGAAAAGGAGCUGCAGAAGCAGCAAUCCAUUGAUGAAAUGAGGGAUAAGAAGACCGGCCUGGAGAGAACCGUGGAGUUAAAGAGAGACCUGCAGGGAAAGAAGCAACACGAACUGAGGAACAUCAGAACAGAGUUGCAGAGACUGGAGGGUUCAUCCAGCCGUCUGCAAGAACUGGAGAGUGAACUGUCUAAGGCGGAGCGUGAGCUGCAAAGCACAGUUCAGAACUCCAACGUGGAGGAGCUGAAGGCUGAAGUUGUGGCGCUCCAGAGAGAAAAGGCCGAACUUGACUGCACACAGAGACAGCUUGACAAAGAGAUGGAGACGCUCAACACACACACCACCGCACGCACACAGAUGGACAUGUUGAAAAGGGACAAGACAGAGAAGGAGGAGCAGGUGCGUAAGAUCAAGUCUCGGCACAACGAGGAUCUGGUGUCACUGCUGGGCUACUUUCCCAACAAGAGGCAGCUGGAGGACUGGAUCUACACCAAGUCUAAGGAAGUCAAUGCCACCAGGGACAGACUUGCCAAACUGAAUAAGGACCUGGCAUCAAAUGAGCAAAAUAAAAACCACAUUGCUGCUGAGGUACGGAAGAAGGAGCAGCAGCUGGCAAACGACGAGGAGAAGUUCUUCAAUGUGUGUGGCAGUCAGGAACUGGAGCAGGACCUGGGCAAACUGCAAGAAGACUUGGAAAAGGUCUCCAAGCAGAGAGCCAUGCUAGCCGGAGCUACAGCGGUAUACACCCAGUUCAUCGGCCAGCUGACAGAGGAGAGAGAGCCCUGCUGCCCUGUGUGCCAGCGGACGUUCCCCUCAGAGUCUGAUCUGCAGGAAGUCAUCAGUGACAUGCAGUCAAAACUACGGCUGGUGCCAGACAAGCUAAAAAACACAGAGCAGGACCUGAAGAGGAAGGAGAAGAAGAGAGAUGACAUGGUGGCUCUCAGACCUGUCAGGCAGUCCAUCGUCCAGCUUCAGGAAAAGGAGUUGCCUGAGUUAAGAAACCGCCUGCAGACUGUGAACAGGGAAAUUGAGAGGCUGAAGAGUGAUGUAGAGGAGCAGGACACUCUGCUUGCUACUCAGAUGUCAGAAGAAGAAACGGCUAAGGCCUGCCUGCAGGAUAUAUCUCUCAUGGACAAAUACCUGAUGGACCUUAAAGAGCUGGAAAGGAAAAUAGCUCAGCAUGCAUCCAAACUCCAGGGAGUAGACCUGACCAGAACCACCCAGCAAGUCAGUCAGGAGAAACAGGAAACUCAGCACAAGCUCGACACCACCUCGAGCAAGAUGGAGCUGAAACGUAAGCUGAUCCAGGACCAGCAAGACCAGAUUCAGAUGCUGAAAAGUUCUGUGAAUGAGACGAGAGCAGAGAAACUGAAACUUAGCAGUGACAUGCAGAAACAGCAGCAGCUGGAGGAGCAGUGCAUCGAGUUCACCACUGAAAUACAGGCCUUAACCAGGGACAUUAGGCAAGCGAAGGAACAGCUGUCCCCUUUGUCCACGGCUCUGGAGAAGCUGCAGCUGGAGAAGCAAGAGCUUGUGGAGCGCAAAAAGCAGAAGCAGGAAGAGUGCCAGGAGAAGGUCAGUGCCAUUAAAGAGAGGGUGAAGGCGAUUACCAGCUUUGAAAGAGAAAUUACCAAAUACGUUGACGAGGGCAAAGAUGAAUACAAAGAGCAAAAAGAGUCGGAGCUACAAGAAACCAACACUCAGCUCCAUGAGGCCGACAAGAGUAAGGAGAAGAUCAACAAAGAGAUGGGAAACAUCCGUCAGGACAUAGACACUCAAAAGGUCCAGGAGCGCUGGUUGCAGGACAACCUGACCUUGAGGAAACGUGUUGAGGAGUUGAAGGAGGUCGUGGCUAAACGCGAGGUUCUUAUGAAAGACAUGGGCAACAUGCAAGUCUUGCAGCUACGCCAAGAACGACGUGAAGCCGAACGCAAGAUGGAAGACCUGAAGAAGAACCGUAGUAUUGCACUGGGUCGUCAGAAAGGCUUUGAGGAGGAGAUAAUACAUUACAGAAAAGAGCUGCGAGAAGAUCAGUAUGAGAAAGCUGAUGAGCGCUACAAAAACAAGAUGAUCACGAUGAGGACCACAGAGCUGGUCAUAAAAGACCUGGAUCUCUACUACAAGGCCCUGGAUCAAACCAUCAUGAAAUUCCACAGCAUGAAGAUGGAUGAGAUCAACAAGAUUAUCAGAGACCUGUGGCGCAGCACCUACAGGGGUCAAGAUAUCGAGUACGUCGAGAUCAGGUCUGACGUGGAUGAAAACGCAUCAGCUGGACUGAGGCGGAGGGUUUACAACUACAGAGUAGUUAUGGUGAAAGGAGACACCGCUUCAGAUAUGAGAGGGCGCUGCAGUGCUGGUCAGAAGGUGUUGGCGUCCCUGAUCAUCCGUCUCGCUCUGGCAGAGACCUUCUGUCUGAACUGUGGGAUCCUGGCCCUGGAUGAGCCCACAACCAACCUGGACCGAGACAACAUUGAGUCUCUGGCACACGCCCUUGUAGAGAUCAUCAAAAGUCGCUCUCACCAGCGUAACUUCCAGCUGCUGGUCAUCACCCAUGACGAGGACUUCGUGGAGCUGCUGGGGCGGUCCAGCUACAUCGAGCACUUCUACCGCAUCCGCAAGAACCAGGACCAGAACUCUGAGAUCACAAAGUGCAGCAUCAGCUCCCUCUCAUCAUAUCUCCACUGAGAGCACAAUGACUCUUUGAAUUCAUUCGGUAAUGCACCGCCAUCGCUCUGCUUGCAUUUCAUGUGGUCGGGCAAAGUCGCUGUUCAGUUGAUUUAGUUUAAAAACAUCAUUCAUGAUGAUUUUCUCCAUUCAGCUGUUGUUUGAACAUUUUUUUGGAUGACAUCACAAAUCGAAACCGUUGGAGGCAAACUAACACUAAAAUUGAUGAUCCUAAUCAGCAACUUCCACAGUUCCGUGUAUAUCGUCCUUUUGAAAUCAGCACUGGUGUUCGUAGUCUUUACAAAGUGAUGGAAGAGAAAUAUGUGUUCUGCUUUGAAAGGAGGUUAAUACUGCAGUUCGCAGGUGUAUUUACGUGUUCGACACUGAGAGCUCACACUGUUCUGAAAAUAAAGUUUCUUGUGCAGGA